AUGGCAGCAAUUGAAGAAUAUCAUAAGAAAACAUGUAUAAAAUGGGUACGAUGGUCUGGAGAAAGAGAUUAUGUACAUUUUAAACCUGGAAAUACGGGAUGUUGGAGUUCCGUUGGAAAAGUCGGAGGAAAACAGGAGCUCAAUUUACAAACUCCAGGUUGUUUAACUAAAAAAGGUACGGUUAUACAUGAAAUGCUUCACGCAUUAGGAUUUUUACACGAACAAAAUCGUCACGAAAGAGAUAAAUACGUUACAAUAAAAUGGGAAAACGUACAAAAAGGUAGGGAAAAUAAUUUCGAAAAAGCAACGGCGGAAACAACUGAUGGACAAGGUGUGCCUUACGAUUAUGGAAGCGUUAUGCAUUAUUCUGCAAAAGCAUUUUCGACAAAUGGAAAACCGACAAUCGUACCAAUGAAAAAUGUCGAAUUGGGACAAAGAGAAGGCUUAAGUCGAGGUGAUAUAAAAAAAUUAAAAAACAUGUAUAAAUGCGGAAGCCGUAAAAAUUAA